UUAGUGAGUAUAAAUUGGAUCAGAUUGAGUGGAAUCUGCAUCAGUUACUUCCUGACUUCUAAGUGAAGUGUUUCAUUUGAUACAUCAGUAAACCGAAAAACUUCAACGAACCACAAUGAACAAGCUUCUGGUCUUCACCUUCUUCUUCACAUCCCUCCUGGCAAUCAACGCACAAAGUCCCCCAGCAGGAGUUGUUCCAGUUAAUCCCUGGCCUCAGGUUGCCGUUGAUAAAGUCGUGCAACAGGUUCUUGCUACACCCGUAUCAGAGGAACUCAGACCCCAGCUGGAGCAAGUCGUUGAGGAUCUGUUAAAUGGCGUAGCUCUGUGCGAAGAACUACAAACCGUCACCAAUGCAUAUUGGCUGUACAAGAGAUGCGUUGGUGUACAACUGAAGAAGGCACUACUGGCUGCUGCUGCCCUUGAAGCUGCCUCCCAGGCUGCCACUACAACUCAGGUCCCAAGUGCUUAAGGAAAAUGUACAUUUCUCUGGCAUCUCUGACCAUAGGAUCACUGAACUGCGCAAAUUAAUAUUAUUUUAAUUAAAUGCAAAUCCGCAAA